AUCUUUUCGUUAUCUAGUCGUUAUCUAGUCGUUGGGGCGAUGAUGGGGGACACGAGUGCCCUGGAUUGAGUGCAAGACACACGAGGAAGAAUCUCGAAGGGAGGAGGAAUGGGUUGCGGGCCGAGCACGGAGCAGGUCCCGCCGUAUUCCAACCAUGACAUGCGGCCUUACCCCAGAAGCCUGACCGGAGACACCGGCGGCGUGCCUCGACCCACGUCCAGCCGAGAGGCCGACGUGGACGAAGCCACCCUCAACGAAUACAUGGACCUCGAGAGCCAAAUCCAAGAAUGCGAGCGCGGCAGCCCCCUCAGCCAACUGGAGAUCAAGGCCCACCAGUGGCAGGCCCUCGCGAACGACGUCGCGCGGCUCGAGGAGGAAAUGGGCGCCGGCGGCCAAGAUCCUGAG